UCGGUGCGCACGUCACGCGCGUAAAGUUGUGUUGACAGGGGCGUCUGUGGAUGUCGGCGGAACAGCAGCUUUAGCGGAGCCGAAUGGAGUAGAUCUUCUCAGCUAGCGUCCCGCCGGCGUCUUUCUUGUUGCUUCAAAGCCCCCGUUCGCACUUUUCAAGCAUGGCUGACGAGCAGUCCUCUCAGUCGUGGUCGAUUGACAAAGAUGACUACGAGCUUAAAGAGGUGAUAGGGAGUGGAGCAACUGCGGUUGUUCAGGCAGCUUACUGCAAGCCCAGGAAGGAGAAGGUGGCCAUCAAACGCAUCAACUUGGAAAAGUGUCAAACUAGCAUGGAUGAGCUACUGAAAGAGAUUCAGGCUAUGAGCCAGUGCCACCAUCCAAACAUAGUGUCUUAUUAUACCUCCUUUGUGGUGAAAGAUGAGCUGUGGCUGGUGAUGAAGCUGCUCAGCGGCGGCUCGGUGUUGGACAUCAUCAAACAUAUCAUCUCGCGCGGCGAGCACAAGAACGGCGUGCUGGACGAGGCCAGCAUUGCCACCAUUCUGAAGGAAGUACUGGAGGGGCUGGAGUACCUUCACAAAAACGGGCAGAUCCAUCGGGAUCUGAAGGCCGGAAACAUUCUUCUUGGAGAUGAUGGCUCUGUUCAAAUUGCAGACUUUGGUGUGAGUGCCUUUCUAGCGACCGGAGGAGACAUGACCAGGAACAAGGUUCGAAAGACAUUUGUGGGGACACCCUGCUGGAUGGCUCCAGAGGUCAUGGAGCAGGUUCGUGGAUACGACUUCAAAGCAGACAUCUGGAGUUUUGGGAUCACGGCCAUUGAACUGGCGACUGGAGCUGCACCAUAUCAUAAAUAUCCACCAAUGAAGGUGCUGAUGCUGACCUUACAGAACGACCCCCCCUGCCUGGAGACGGGGAUCACCGAUAAGGAAAUGGUGAAGAAAUAUGGCAAAUCUUUUAGGAAGAUGCUGUCUCUGUGUUUACAGAAAGAUCCUGAGAAAAGGCCCACUGCUGCUGAGCUGCUGAAGCACAAAUUCUUUACGAAGGCCAAGAACAACGAGUACUUGCAUGAGAUUCUGCUGCAGAAAGGCCCCACAAUAUCAGAUCGAUCUAAAAAGGUGCGGCGUGUGCCCGGUUCCAGCGGCCGUCUCCACAAGACGGAAGACGGCGGGUGGGAGUGGAGCGACGACGAGCUGGAUGAAGAGAGCGAGGAGGGCAAAGCUGCUGUGGCUGCACUGCGGUCUCCCAGAGUGAAGGACGGCUCUCAGAAUAUGGAGCUUUUCCCGCCAGCAGACGGCUCCACUGUGCUUCUGCAGCCCCCUGUGGCGCAUGCCAGGCCUCCCAACGCAGCUCCUGCAGGGGAGGACCUUCCACCCCAGACUGCAACCAUGAGCGUGAGCCCCUCACAUGCACCUGCUGCCCAGGAUCCGGCUUCCUCGUCCAGCGUUCCCAUCAGCCUCGUUCUCAGACUGAGGAACUCCAAAAAAGAGCUCAACGACAUUCGCUUUGAGUUCAUGCCAGGCAGAGAUUCUGCGGAUGGAGUUUCUCAGGAGUUGGUCUCAGCCGGUCUGGUUGAUGGGAGGGACUUAGUCAUCGUUGCAGCCAAUUUGCAAAAGAUUGUCGAUGAUCCUCAAAGCAACAAAAGUGUGACCUUUAAGCUGGCAUCUGGCGUGGAGGAAUCUGAGAUCCCUGACGAUAUUAAACUCAUCGGAUUUGCCCAGCUGAGCAUCAGUUAAGUGGAGCGGAGCCGCCAGCGAAGGACAGAAAGAAACGGGAUGCACGGCUGCAAUGUAGUCUACUCCACACUACUACUGCCAAAGGGGAGAGGCGGCGGAGAGGAAGGGUGGUGACGGAGGAGGCUGGCAGGCGUUCGAUGCUACCGCAGGAUGCAUGAGGACCACACGGAGACGCUCAGUUCAUCACAGGAAUCACACGUGAAAUGUUUACAGUGCGCUUAUAAAGUAAACGGGAGAAGAAAUGCAAUCAGCUUUACAAAUUCCCCAUUAUGUUUUAGUUCUUCUUCUUCUUCGUCACAAACGAGCACAAUCCAGACCAUCUCCUGCCAGCACUGGAAACGAUUGCCUUUUUCUUUCUUCUUUUUUUUCCCAUUCCAUUGUGCCACAAAACUCGAGUCAUGCCACCUUUUCAUGGCACUUUAUGAAAUUUAGAAAGGUGGAAAGUUCAGCCUUAGAUAGCGUAGAUUUCAUGUGUUCAGGGGGAAUAAUUCAACCAUCGAGUAUGUUGUGCUUAUCCAAAAAUUGAGGAAAUGCAUCCGUAAAAUAAAACACACAAGUGUUUAUUUCUAACAAAAAAAAAGAACAAAACUCCUCUAAAAGUCAGAAUUUAAAGUGCUGUGAAUAAGUCUGUCCUCCAUAUGACUGAUGUGUUUUUCUUUUUUACAUAAUUGAAGUUUUGGAUGCUGAAAUUGUCAUUUGGCGUUUAGCUGAUGGUUACUAUUAGAGGUUGGUUUUCUCUCGGUGAGAACUGCCUGAUCGUCUAUGCAACAGUUCCUCUCGGCGUCGAUGCUUUGCUAACUUUACUGCUUUUGUGUAGCAUCAAACCGCGUCGCGUGCAUUUCAAAUAACCAGCUUCACGGGAAAGGCAGCUCACGCUUCCCUUGAGUAUUGAUGGAGCCUUUGGAUGAGCUGGUGAGGGAGGGUUUAUGUGCUUCAAAAACUUCAAAAUGUUCUUCCAAAGUGACGUAAAGCCUUAAACGGGGCACUUCACUCGCAUUUCACGUCAUAUCGCAGCGUGCAGUCUCGUUAAAUGUGAAUAUUUUUUUCUCCCCAGUGCUGCCGACAUGUGCACAUCUGUUUUCACCAGUAUUCGGUCACAUUUCCUCAAACCUUCAAUCAAAAUAUCAACAGUAAAACUUUCAUUUGUUAAAUUGCAGUUUUUGCUCCAUCUUACAUUAAAUCCAGAAAAGUGGCCUGGAAACAUUCUCAGAAACCAACUAGUGCUUUAGUUUUUUUUUGCUCUUUGUUUAUUGUGUAUCUUCAGGCGGGUUGUUUUUGCAGUACUGUAGAUUCUCUUCUUGCUUUCUAAACACUCUGUGUCACAAGUCACUCCCAGCGCAGCCGUCUGCUUGGUUUGCGCAGCUCUGAGGUCAGCUGAUGGUACGUGUAAAGAUGUAAAUGUGCAUUUGACGCCAACUCCAUUUCAUUUGUAACAUUUGUAGAUGCAGUGGCUGUCUGAUUUACAACAAAAAAAAGUGAAUUCAUCUUGUAAAUAUCGAUCAAUUCUUUUAUUUCCGAGCACACGGCGGUGGAUUUGUUUUUGUAGUGUUUUCCACUUCUGUCACUAAUCAUGCACAGACGUUACUGUUGCUUUAUCUGCCAUCUCACUGAUGUGUUAACAUGUGAUUUGAAACGACAUGGAGCUUGUAACCACUCUGUUCGGAUGUCAUCUCGCUGAGGCUGAUGGUCGUGUGUGUACGAGAGAAACUGAUCGCUGGAAGUCUUACAGACUUUUUGCACAUUUUUUGUUUUAUUGUUUACCGAAAAGCUCUCUCUGCCUCUGAGCGAGGCUCUCGGAGGAUGAUCCUCAGGGAUCAGCCAGGACACGUGUCUCUUUUCUUUCUCUAUAUCAAAUCUAUUUUAAAAUAUUUCAUCCAAAAGAUGGGGAUUCCCGCUCAUGCAUAAUUGAAAGCAGCAUGUCUGAUGAAGGAGAUUCCUUGACUGACGAUCUACAUUGUUCAGUGCUUAGAAAUUGAUUUUUAGUAUUUGAAUAAAAUUACAUGAUGGAGUUCAAAGUGA